AUGACUCAGUAUUUGGCUUUGCCUCUCGACACACAGGCCAACAACGUCUGGAUGGAAGACGAGGAAUUGACGUUUCCUUCAUAUCCCAAACGGUUCCAUAGGGCGUCCGAUGCCGCACAAACAGCAGUCGGGUGCGAUGGUGUGGCUGCUGUGUCGUCGUCGUCGUCGUCGUCGUCGUCGUCCACUUCUUCGGUACGCUCAGAUAUCGAAUCGCUGCUGGACCGAGACGAUUCGCUGAAUUCCAACGAGGAUUUCUGGCGUGAAGUGCGUGCCACGAGCGAAACGGCCGCCGCCACCACCACCGAACUGAACAGCUCCCAGGACUCGGAUCUGUCGUUCUCGUUAACCACAAGUCCUGCCACCACGGUGGCAGACCUCUCACAGUUUUCAUCGCCGGUGUCAGAAACGUGCGUGGAAGACUAUAUCUGCGACAUGGGACCCUCAGCAAACGGUCCCUCAAUGCUGCAAAACCAGUUCCAACCAGACUUUCAGAUCAAAAGACUGUGCUUCCGGGAUGCAGAGGGCAAACUCGCCCUGACGGACCAUUCACGUGCUUCUGUAUGUAAACCUUCGCACGCAAGAAGUCACAACAAAUCUUACAAAACCAGCAGGAAACUACUGAAAAGGGCGCUUCGUCGUAAGAGCGGGCUCUGGGAAAUGGCAAGCCCCAAAUUUGCCGUGGCAGAAUUCAUGUUGCUAUGA